AUGGGGAGUCGCUCUGCAAUGAGAAGAGAACCAAGUAGAACUCAUUCAGUUUCUCGGUGGAGUCCUACAAGAGAGCAAAUAGCAAUGUUGGAGGACCUUUACAGACAGGGAAUGAGAACUCCAAAUGCUGAACAGAUACAAGAGGUUACCUCCAGAUUAAGGGCUUAUGGUCACAUCCAAGGAAAAAAUGUCUUUUACUGGUUUCAGAAUCACAAAGCACGUCAAAGACAGAAGCAGAAGCUAGAAAGCCUUGCAUGUUCCAAUAGCUUUCUUCAAGCCUCACAUCCUAUUUGCCAAAAUGUUGUCUGUGCCCCAUUUUAUCCUCAACAAAGUGGAAUGAACUUUUAUCCUCAACCAGAAAAGGUUGUUGCAACUGGAG